UUAUCCAGUGUAUAGCCUCAGCUGCCAAAAAGUGUACCCGUAUCAACCGGUUAACAGAGAGAGUCUAUCUCUGGUCCGGGAGAGACCAAAAAUGGCCUGUUCGGCUUCCUUUUCCUCCCCUCUUCGCUUCCACCACCACCAGAGCCAUCUUCUAUUCUCUCCCAGAACCCCUCUCAAUCCUCCAACAACAAGACCUACCAAGCCCACGACCCCUUUCGCCAUUCCACCCCUCUCCACCGCUGACGCCGCCGCCACCUUCGACGGCACAACCUUCGCCGUCAUUGGGGGCAGCUCCGUCGCCGCCCUCGCCGCAGUUCUCUCCCUUACAGACCCAGAGAGACGGAGGCGCCUUCAGGCCGAAGUCGUCGGGGGUGGCGACAAGGAUGUUGUGAAGGAUUACUUCAACAACUCCGGAUUCCAGAGGUGGAAGAAGAUUUACGGAGAGACCGACGAUGUGAACCGGGUUCAGAAGGACAUAAGGCUGGGCCACUCCAAGACCGUCGAGAAUGCCAUCAAGAUGCUGACUGAUGAAAGCCCGCUUCGAGGGGUUACUGUUUGUGAUGCUGGAUGUGGCACCGGUUCUUUGUCCAUUCCGCUCGCCAAGGAGGGCGCUAUUGUCUCGGCCAGCGAUAUUUCGGCAGCUAUGGUUGCUGAAGCUGAGAAGCAGGCAAAGGAACAGCUUCUGGCAGGCAAGGAUGAUCUUUCACCAGCUCCAGUGAUGCCAAAAUUUGAAGUCAGUGAUUUGGAGAGCUUAGAAGGGAAGUAUCACACCGUAGUCUGCCUGGAUGUUUUGAUUCAUUACCCGCAGGGUAAAGCUGACGGGAUGAUUGCCCACCUUGCUUCAUUGGCAGAAAAGCGAUUAAUUCUAAGCUUUGCACCAAAGACGCUUUAUUAUGAUAUAUUGAAGAGGGUAGGGGAGUUGUUCCCCGGGCCUUCAAAGGCAACAAGGGCAUAUCUCCAUUCAGAGGCAGACGUGGAAAGAGCAUUGCAAAAGGUAGGGUGGAAGAUAAGGAAGAGAGGCCUCAUCUCCACACAAUUUUACUUUGCAAAGCUUGUUGAGGCUGUUCCUGCAUAAUGAGGCUGAGAGGUUAGAUAUAAGUUUUGCCUCGAUCUAUUUGUUCUGUUUCUAGGAAGGAAUUACCUCCAACUUUAAUGUAAAACCUGCAUUUUUUCCAUGUAUGUUGUUAUUCUCUGCCUGUAUUAAUGAAUAAAUACAGAUUGCAGCAAAUAACAGUUGUCAAUGCUGAAACAUUGUGAUGUAUCCUUGUGCAGUGACGAGAUUUUAUAGGUGUUUUGCUGAAAA